GCAACAACACGGAAGUUCCUGUAAACACGACUUUUCUCUUCUACUUCUUUCCGUCGUUUCUCUUUAUUCUGGCUCAGUUUUACAAACAUCACGGACUCUUUCACUAACUCUACAACUACAUUUAAAGGUCGAGGAUUUUAUUUGAUAAAAAAAAGCGUAUAUGAACGUACACGACCUUGGUUUCCUGUAUAAUCUGCAGAAAUGUAAAUUCAGACAUUCUUAUUAUUUGUAAUUCACAUUUUUAAGAUCACAAUAAUCUUAGAUUUACACUGAAUUUAACACAGUGGAGAAGGGAUCAUGUGUUUUUUUCCCACAAUGCAAUUCCCUCUCUGCAAUCUCUUUCACUUUCACUCUUGGAUUAUUUGAACGUGAACUUCGAGCAGGAAACGAAGGUGAGAGGAUUCUCUACUUUCAGUGUCACCAUGUCUUUGGCUCCUCUCCUGCUGCUGCUGUUCCUUCCUUUCCCUCCCUCAUCUGGAGCACAGCUGCCCAAUCAGGGCCAAGCCAAAGACCCCCCCAUCGCCACUAAUGGCCAGCCGUUCCCGUGGGACCGCAUGAGACUUCCCAAAACCAUCUACCCGCUCCACUAUGACCUCACCAUCCACCCCAACCUGACCACCCUGGACUUCACUGGCCUUGUUCGCAUCGAGCUGGACGUGCUGGAAGACACCAGCAUGAUCGUUCUCCAUGCCAAGCAGAUGCAGAUAUCUCACGUGAUGCUCCUGGCGCCUGAAGGCGUGAGGCCUCUCCGGGUGCUGGAGUAUCCACAUUUCCAUCAGCUCGCCCUGCAGUCGGAUUCCGUGCUGACUAAAGGAAGGAAGUACGAAGUGCAGCUGGAGUUUGCUGCCAACUUGUCUGACAGCUUCCACGGCUUCUACAAGAGCAGCUACCGCACCAGCAGCGGGGAAGUCCGGGUUCUGGCAUCCACACAGUUUGAAGCAACGUUUGCUCGUGGAGCUUUCCCCUGUUUUGAUGAACCUGCUUUCAAAGCCAACUUCACCAUACGGAUCAUACGAGAGCCGCGCCACAUAACCAUCUCCAACAUGCCUCAGGUUAAAACAGUGGAGUUGCCAGGCGGUUUGCUGGAGGAUCACUUUGACACCUCAGUCAGGAUGAGCACGUACCUGCUGGCCUACAUCGUGUCUGACUUCCUGUCUGUGAGCAGGACCACCCAGCACGGCGUCAAGAUUUCAGUCUACGCUGUCGCUGAGAAGAUCGAUCAGACGGCCUUCGCUCUGGAUGCUGCUGUCAAGCUGCUGGACUUCUACGAUGACUACUUUGAUAUUCCUUACCCGCUUCCCAAACAGGACCUGGCUGCUAUCCCUGACUUCCAGUCAGGUGCGAUGGAGAACUGGGGGCUGACGACCUACAGAGAGGCGGGCCUCCUCUUCGACGCCGACAGGUCUUCAGCUUCAGACAAACUGGCCAUCACUAAGGUCAUCGCCCAUGAGCUCGCACACCAGUGGUUCGGGAACCUGGUGACGAUGGAGUGGUGGAACGACCUGUGGCUCAACGAGGGUUUCGCCAAAUUCAUGGAGUUUGUCUCUCUCGACAUCACGUACCCAGAACUGCAAGUGGAUGACUUUUUCUUGGGGAAAUGUUUUGAGGCCAUGGAGGUGGACUCCCUCAGCUCCUCUCACCCAGUCUCCACCCCCGUGGAAAACCCCAUGCAGAUCCAGGAGAUGUUCGACGACGUGUCGUAUGACAAGGGAGCAUGUAUUCUGAAUAUGCUGCGGGACUUCCUGACUCCAGAGGCCUUUGAGAUCGGCAUCAUCAAGUACCUGAAGCGCUUCAGCUACCAAAACACUGUCAACAGCCACCUGUGGGAGAGCCUCACUAAUAUCUGCAGCUCAGAUGAUUUGGACGAAGGCCGAAUGAAACACAAAGAAUUCUGCUCCAAACGCAAAGUCCAGUCUGGAGCCUCCAAGUGGUACUCCGGUGAUGAGCUGGACAUCAGGGCCAUCAUGGACACCUGGACAUUGCAGGAGGGCUUCCCGCUGGUCACUGUGGAGGUCAGAGGUCGCGAGGUCAGGCUCAGUCAGGAGCGUUACCUGAAGACAGACGACCCCUCCCUCACUGAAGGAUUCCUGUGGCAGAUUCCACUCACCUAUGUGACCAGCGCCUCCAACACCGUCCACCGCUUCCUGCUGAAAACCAAGACUGACGUCCUGUACCUGCCGCAGGAGGUGGACUGGGUGAAGUUCAACGUGGACAUGUGUGGCUACUACAUGGUGCACUAUGCAGGCGAGGGGUGGAACUCUAUCAUCAAACUGCUGCAGCACAACCACACGGCGCUGACCAGCAACGACCGAGCCAGCCUCAUCCAAAACGUCUUCCAGCUGGUCAGUGUGGGGAAGGUGAGGCUGGACACGGCUCUGGAGCUCUCUCUCUACCUGUCCAGAGAGACUGAGAUCAUGGCUGUGACUCAGGGCUUCGGAGAACUCGUACCUCUCUACAAACUGAUGGAGAAGAGAGACAUGCCGGCUCUGGAGAACCAGAUGAAGACCUACAUUGUGGAUCUGUUCCGGGGGCUGAUUGAUCGUCAGGUGUGGACCGACUCUGGAUCGGUGUCGGAGCGAGUGCUCAAGAGUUACCUGCUGCUGUUCGCCUGCUUCAGGAACUACCCCCCCUGUUUGACCAAAGCCACGCAGCUCUUCAACGAGUGGAAGGAAUCUAAUGGCAACAUGAGUCUCCCGGUCGACAUCACCAUGGCUGUGUUCGUGAUUGGAGCUCGCACGCCAGAGGGGUGGGACUUCUUGUUCGAGAAAUACCGCCACUCCAUGCAAAUGUCUUUCAAGAGCCGCAUUAAAAUCGCAAUGGCUGUCACUCCGCUGCAGGACAAGCUCAAGUGGAUGAUGGAGCAGAGCCUCCGCGGGGAAGUGAUGAAGACUCAGGACCUCCCAGACGUGGUCGUCUCCGUCAGCAAGAACCCCCACGGCUACAAACUGGCCUGGGACUUCUUCCGAGCCAACUGGCACAACUUCAUCAAGAAGUUUGACCUCGGCUCCAACUCAGUCUCAUACAUGGUGAAGGGUGUGACCAACCAGUAUUCUACCAGGGAGAUGCUACAUGAGGUACGAAGCUUCUUUGACUCCCUGACCGAGGAGGCGGGCUCAGAGAUGAGAUGCAUCCAGCAGACCUAUGAGACCAUCGAGGACAACAUCCGCUGGAUGGACACCAACCUUCCUCUGCUGAAGGCCUGGCUCGACCGACGCAGCCCCAGAAUGUCUCAUGAGGAUUUAUAGCGCCAGGAGAAGCAAAAAGUCUGGUGUGCAUAGUUAUGUUGCUAAAGGCAAGUGUGCACUCAAGUCCCAAGUGUUGGGGCGACUAGAAUGGAAAAACCUACUUACUUCCCAACACUGACUUUAACAAAGAAAAAUCCUGAUGGUAGAUUGAAAAACAUAACAAACAGAAGUUUCAUGCUUUGGAAUAUGUGAUCUAUUUUAUUUGACACUCCAAAACUAAUUGACCCAGACUUUUUGUACACCUCUGUAAAACUAUAGCCUAAAUAAAUACUGUGAAAAAGUAAUACAUUUCCUCAGUAGCCUUAAACAGAUUUUAAACAUCAAUAUAGCAGCCACAAACUAUGUUCUGUGUAAAGAUAUCAUCCUCCUCUUAUUUAUAGAGAAAGAAGAGAAAGUCCAAUACGAAGCGCUCAGGUGAAAACGACCCCUGGUGACGUUUCCCUCUGGUUUGUGUGACUAAAAAAGUCCUCAAACAAAUCAAGAGAUGAAACCAGAGUAGAGAAUUUGUCUGACUUUUCAGAGAUGGAUAGUGACAUGAGCUGUGUAAAGGCUGGUUCGAGUAACAGAGGGAGGGGGUAUCAGCAUUUGUGUUUCGUUAAAGAAGCAACAUUCGUGACAGGUCUGAGGAAGUAACAUCCUUUUUUUUUCAGGGAAACAUCUUUGAGUUGGAGUUUUAUUUCUCAAUUUGUUUCUCUGCAACAGAUGUAACACCUGAGUUUUCUUUUCAGAGCUGGCUGCGUGUGUCUGUAUCUGUCUGUGACUUAGUGUGUGUUUGUGCAGGUGUGUGUGUGUGUGUGUUUUGCGGAUUAAAUGUGAGUUGUGUGUGAGCUUUUAACUUUUAAUUCAAAGAUAAGUGCACUGCAGCUGGUUUGAAGUCUCAGUUUUUGUGUUGUUGAUGUUCAUUAACGGUGCAGACGACAAUGGAAACAUUGUACAGCUUUGUGCAGUUGGUGAAUGAUGCACAAACGAAAUGCACUCCGCUGCAUCUGAUAUUUGAUUUUUCUCAAAUAUCUUGGUACAAAUCUUUCCUUCACGUAAAAACCCAAACAAAACCAAAAUAAGACUGGACAGUCUCCCUAGAGAAAGAAGCCAAAAAAGAGGCCUGAUGACCUCCAGCAUUCAAAAAGUGGGAAUAUCCACAACAUCAACACCAGAAUGAAGUUCGAGAGCAAAGAUAAUUUAUCCUAUUGCACUUUUUAUAUGGUUCUUGUGCCUUUGAAUAACUUUUGAGAUAAAAUGUCUAAAACUUAAACUUACUGCUGUAAUAAGACAAACUUCAAAACAUGUUCAACUUUAUUUAAAUUCACCUGUUGUGACAAAAGAAAAUGCACUAUUGGGAACGUGUCGUUAGAAAAAAAACCUUCAUUUUGUUUGAUUCAGUAUGAAUAUGAUUUUUCGCGCCUCUGUUAAAUGGCUGAGGAUUCAGAGCAAUUCUGUUGUUUCCUAAGGAGAAUAUGUGUCGUUUGAAUUUGGACCAAUAAAGUUUUAAAAUCCCUUGA